AUGAAGGAAGACGCCUCCGGGCCGCUGCUUUCCGCGCGCCCGCAACUCGAUCACCACCGCACGCUGCUGCCUUCGCCAGCAGCAGCAGCUGCUGCUGCUGCUGCUUCAGGCCCUUUUGCUGCAGCAGACAGCUUUAAAGUACCUUUCUUGAGGGGCCCUCAGCCACGAAAAUAUCUUGGGGGCCCCAGGGGGGCCCCCCCAGAUUGCUGCCCUCCUUUGCUGCUGCCUACAAGUGCUGCAGCACCUGCAGAAAGAACUUACAAAGAAGAGAUUCAGCAGAGCAGCACAAAGACCACCAGCAGCAGCGAGCUGGGGCAGCGGAACACAGCAGCAGCAGCAGCAGCAGCAACUGCUGCUGCUGCUGCAGUUGAUGUGGGGACUCAGCCUGCAGAAAAGACGAAGCUGGAGCUGGUCUGCAGGGCCUGGAGAGACGCAGCAAGGCGCCCUUGCGUCUGGAAGUCAGUGGAUGCUUCUCACCGGCCCUUGUCUUCUUUCAAUGGACAGACCACUGGUCACCUCAGUCGCAUUUUAUUCAAAACGGAGUCUCUAGUUCUUGCAGAUGAUGCAGCAGCAGAGGCGCAGCAGCUGCUGCUGCGCCUAGCCGCAGCUGCUGCUGAUCCGCGCACCCACGCGCUGGCCAGCAGCAGCAGCAGCAGCAGCAGCAACAGCAGCAGCAGCGGCAGCGGCAGCAAUGGUAGUAGUAGACGUAGCAGAAGUAGCGAAGGCGAGCCCCAGGAAGCAGCAGUAGCAGCAACAGCAGCAGCAGCAGCAGCAGCAGCUGCUGCUGCUGCUGCUGCUGCUGCUGCUGCUGCCCCCAAGUGGACUCUGCCGUUUCUGCGGCACCUGCGGAUACACCGCAGCAUGGGCGGGGGCUUCGUGAGACACUGUACACCGCAGAGCGUGCUGGCAGCAGCAGACGCCGCGCGCUGCUGCAGUUCUUUUUCGAGUUGCUGCAGAGGCCUCAGCUGUCUGUACACCCUGGAAGAAUUAAUAAUAGAAACAGAAGUGCAGCCGCUGCUGCUGCUGCAGCUGCGGGGCCGCACUCCGCGGCUGCGCACGCUGGUGCUAGCCCAGCUGUGUGCUGCUGCUGCAGCAGCGCCGCCCCCCGCUGCAGCAGCAGCAGCAGCAGCAGCAGCAGCAGCAGCUCAUGAUGAGAAGCCUGUCACGGCCUUCGAGGCGCUGCUGCUGCUGCUCGACGCGCUGCCGCAGCAGCAGCUGGCCGUCUUCGGCUUCGGAAUGGCCCUGGAAAGAUCCCCCAGUGCAGCUAUCAGCAGCAGCAGCAGCAGCAACAGCAGCAGCAGCAGCAGCAGCAGCAGCAGCAGCAACUGCAGCAGCAGCAGCAGCAGCGGGACAGGGGAGUUUAUGGAGGACUUGAAGGCUCUGCGAAGCAGCUUAGAAAAAAGACAAAAAAGCUGCUGCUCAGAAGAAGCAGCAGCAGAUGAGUUGCUGCUGCUGCUGGCCCGGAAGCAGCACAAGGCGCUCACUGCCCUCUGGAUGCCUGAUAUUUGCACGUCUCUGGAAGCAGCAGCAGAACUUGUUCGCUGCUGCAGCAACUUGACGGUUUGCUGCUUCCCGGGAGCAUCAGUGCUGCAGCUAUUAGCUUGA